UAUGAUACUUAUCAGAUCCCGUCGGAUAACAAUACCGCUUUUCGGAGCAAGAGCCUAUUGCUGUUCACUGAACGAGCAAGUUCUUCCGGGCUAUAUAUACGCUCACAUUCGAACGCUUCUACGAAAUCUAUCGCAGGCUGCAUUAUCGGAAAGGGUAUAGUAGUGUUGCGCAACAGCCACCAAGCACAAUUUGGGGACAAAAACCUAAUACAAAAAGAAGAAUCCCUGUGGACGUUAACAUGAGUUUUUCGGUUAUCUCCAACACGGCGGUCAAAUCACUGCUCUCUGGCCUGACCCGUACCGACGUCCUCGCCAUUCAGAGCACAUUGAAUAGGACAUUUGUCGAAUACUCUGUCAACAACGAAGCUGCCUAUCAGCCGCAUCGAGCAUCUGUAACACGUCCGGAUGGAUCCACAACUCUUUUCAUGCCUGCGACUUCAAGCACAUCUGUCGGCAGUAAGAUCAUUGGCAUCCCGCCAGCUACCGCCAAAGGCAAAACGCUGGCUGGUGUCUUAGUACUUUGCGACACGGAAGGAAAUCCGAGAGGAAUUCUGAAUGCCUCAGAGGUUACAGGAUUCCGUACAGCCCUGGGCUCCAUGACAUUACUCCCGCGACGAGAACGCGUGAGUAAUGUGGUUGUCUUUGGUGCCGGCAAACAGGCAUUUUGGCACGCUAGGUUGGCGCUUCUACUUCGCGGAUCCGAUGUCAAGAGCAUGACCGUUGUAAACCGUUCCGCGCAACGAUCAGAAGAGCUCGUUGAGCAGUUGAGGCCCUUCACCUCGGAGGUGGGAGCUAGCCUUGCGGCUUUGAAUGCUUCUGAUCAGGGGUAUGACAGGAGCCUGAAAGAGCUUGUAGGAGCGGCGGAUGUCAUAUUCUGCACUACGCCUGCUACCUCGCCGUUAUUCCCAGCGUCAUACCUUGAUCAAGCCGUGGAAAGAGGCGAGGGACCAUACAUAGGAGCAAUCGGUUCUUAUAAGCCGGAGAUGAAGGAACUAGACCCCGGACUGUUCCAGAAUGUCGUGACAUCCAAGACCGGUUGUCAUCCCAAGGGAGGCUCCGGGGGUGUUAUAGUAGUGGAUACCAAGGAGGGUGCCUUCCAGGAAGCUGGUGAGAUUAUUCAAGGAAAGAUACCUUCAGAGAAUAUCGUAGAGAUUGGCGAGUUGUUACACAUUCAGAAGAAUAAAGAGGCCCAGGAUCCAUCAUUGGACAGGUGGUUGACGAAUGGAUUCAUCAUUUAUAAGAGUGUUGGAAUGGGUGUAAUGGAUCUGGCCAUUGGCGAAGCAUUGGUCAACUUGGCGCAGCAGAAGGGUGUCGGUGAGUCGCUUCCCGCAUUAUAAAAAGAAAAAUGAGCAGGCAACCUCGUAUAAAGGUGUCAAACUAUUUUGAAGAAAUCAAAUGCCACGAUUGAAAAAACUUGUACGGAG